CCCUCCCUUCCCCCCUUCCUUUCCCCUUUCUUCGCCAUCCCAUCCUUCCCUCCAUCCUUUCUCCUACCUCCCUUCCCCGGCCUAGACGAUGCCGUGGUGGAGACGGCGGAGGAGGCCACGGAGCCCGCCGAGGCGGACAUCGCCGGGCUGUGCCAUGACAUGUUCUCCAAAAUGGCCACGUACCUGACGGGCGAGCUCACAGCUACCAGUGAAGACUAUAAACUUCUGGAAAAUAUGAACAAACUGACUAGCUUGAAGUAUCUAGAAAUGAAAGAUAUUGCAGUAAACAUAAGUAGAAACCUAAAGGACUUAAACCACAAAUAUGCAGCACUUCAGCCUUAUCCGGAUCAGAUCACUCUAAUUGAGGAGCAAGUAGCAGCUCUUGAGCAGGCAGCUUACAAAUUGGAUGCAUAUUCAAAGAAACUAGAAGCAAAGUACAAGAAGUUAGAGAGGCGAUGAAAGAAUUCUUUAGCUCAGACUU